AUGGACGAGGAUGGGGUGCCUGGAGAGCAGCGGCCCCUUCUGGGGCCCACCCUGAGGAGCCGAGGCCGCGUGGUGUGGGGCCGCCGCUGGGCCGCCUGCGCUGCAGUGCUCCUGGCCGAGAUGCUGGAACGGGCGGCCUUCUUUGGCAUCUCCGCCAACCUGGUGCUCUACCUCAACAGUAUCAACUUCAACUGGGAUGGGGAGCAGGCGUCCCGGGCUUCGCUGGUCUUCUUGGGGGCUUCCUACCUCCUGUCGCCCAUCGGGGGCUGGCUGGCAGAUGUCUACCUGGGCCGCUACGGCACCAUCGUCGCCAGCCUCCUCCUCUACUUGGUGGCCUCCUGCCUGUUACCCAUCACCGCCUUCCCCGAUGGCCGGGAGUCCUUCUGCGGGGAGAUGUCCUUCACCAUCCAGCCGGCCUGCCCUGGAAGAGACUGCCAGAGGGGGCCUGCCAGUCCCUACUGUGCCCCGACCAUGUACGGAGGGCUCCUGCUGCUGGCCCUGGGCAUCAGCUCCGUCAAGGCCAACCUCACCUCCUUCGGCGCCGACCAG